UGCUCAGUCUAAUUUGAACCGUCGCGCGCGCCCGACGCGGGGCCACCGACGAUCUCUCUCCCUUCCUCCGGCUCUGGCGACACGCGUGACACGCGAGGCGCCUCGUGUGCAUGCCGCGUGCGACACACGCGACCCGAUCCCCCGUCCAUAUCUUGUCCGGAGCCGCGCGACCAUCUUUGCGAGAGGAAGCGGUUCGUGUGAGACAGUGAGAGAGAGAGAGAGAGGGAGAAAGGGAAAAAAAGAGAAAUAAAGGGAGCGAGAAAUAGGAGGAGAAAGAAAGAAAGUUAAGGAACAAAAAAAGAAUAUAGAAGUUGAGAAAUAGAACGGGUAAAAAGCGUGACAACGCGCAUAGGUGACAACUUCUCAAUCACUCUUCUCUACUCUCUGCGGAGUAUUCGAUCCUCAAUUCCUCUUCCCGCGGCUCUUCCUCCUCCGUCGCGGAUCAGCGAGGGUGGCCUGCUCAAAAAGCGAAACUGUGCGCCACGUUACGCACGCGAGACAGAGAGAGAAAGAGAGUAGUGAGCUACGGUCGAAGAGAGUGAAGUGCGCGCGCGAGAGGGCGGGCGGCCGCACAGCCUCGUGGGUAUAUUUAAAUAGUGUCUCGGCUGGUCAGAGGAAGCCGACGCUUUCUUCGUCGUCGUCGUCGUCGCCGCCGCCGCCGCUGACGUCGUCAUCGUCGUCGCCACCGCCGCCGCCGUCCUCGUAUUCCUGUUCUCGUCUCCGACGCCUGACUCAACCUCUCCCGCUUUUCCCGCUUCGAGGCGACUUGCAACGCGACACCGAGUCUCGGACAGCGUGAGGGGGUGGCGAGGCGAUCACUCGCGGAAUUCCGUUCGCCUCGAUGUUGCUGACGGUUCGGCGAGGACAGACGUUCCAGGCGGUCGUGGGUGUCCGAUUCGAUCUGCAUGCGAACGAACACGUGCGCCACUAUUAGAGGACUGCUGCUGCCCGUUGGACUGGCUCCUCGUCGGAGUUCAUCGACUGCCGAGCUUCGGAAUUUCUUGCCGUUUGGGAUCGCGGAAGGAGCCGGGACGAUCGAUCGCUUCGGAUCAGAAUGAUCGCGCCGAUCGUGCGUCAUGAUGAUCAGGACCUAUGAGAGGUUGAUGUCAGUUGUCGCGCCCGCGAUUAUCGUAGCCGCCGCUUGGCAUCACCUGCGAUAAUAAACAAUAUUCGCCCGGAGGGAAGCCGAAGAAGAUAGGAGAGAGAGAGAGAGUAGAGAGAAAGAGAGGGACAGAAAAGGAGGGAGAGAGAGAAAGAAGCGGCCGUAUGGUGCGGCACGGUGCCUCCGCCGGCAUCGAGGAUGAAGAGGACGGGAUCGCGUAGGAUGAAGACCGAUGUGGAAGAAGCUGCGACGUCCCGCUACCAGUGGUACAACACCUCGUGAGACGUUCGAACCGGACAUCGAAGAAAGCCGUGCGACACGCGCGCGACAGUAAGUGGAUAAUUGCGACGUUAGCGAGGCUAGUUAACGCGGCGAAGGGGCGAGAAGUGGCUCUCCGUGCGAAUCGGGGUGACCGAGGUGUCGACCUCACCCCCGAUUACACCAUCAACCAGGUUGGAUGAUGUGGGCGCCUCUGCUUUUGGCCGGGUUCUUAAGCGGCUGGUGGGGCGCUCUGGCGCUCGCUGCGGCACCCCCCGGCAUUCGGGACACCGCAGGAGAGAAGUACACGAACAUCGCCGCGAGGCAUUAUCGUCCGCCAUCGAUGAGCCUCCUGGACGAGACGGUUCGCAAGAUCGGCUAUCACACGCGAGAAUUCGCCGUGCACUCCUGGUCGGAGACCCGCUCGGCGCACCGCGACCUUGACAAGAUCCCAUCGGUCGGGCCGACCUCGGCGAAUCAGGAUCUCGCGAAGGAGAGAGAACACUCCGCGGAGAAUGACGCGCGACACUCGACCCGCGGCGACGACGAGCCGCCGUCGUCGGCCGAGGAAGACCUCGACCCCCGGGGGAUCCCCCUGAACGCUUUUCACCCAAAGAUGGACGAGUCCGCUUUGACUCGCGCGCCUCGUCACUCCUCGACGCAGACACCCUUCGCGUACCCGCCGACGGCAGCGACGGAGUCGUCGAUGCCGCGCUCGCGAAGAUCGGCGAAGCAGCGGCCGAAGAACCGCGCGAAGGCGGACUCGCCGCGCGAGCAGCGCCGUCGUUGCCGGAACAAGGACCGCUGUCGCGGGCAGAACUGGUGUCCCGACGUCGACGUGGGCAACCGCGCUUACCUGGCGCCCACCGUGUUCGAGGGCAAGGCGCGCAGCAUGUCCUCCCCGCGGAAGCCCGGCUCCAACUACGCGGUGACCUUCGAGGUGAAGCAGGUAUACAAGAGCCAGUCGGGCUUCCAGCCGCUGCAGAAGAACGACAGCGUGCGGCUGCACUUUCGCGACAAGCUGACCUCGGGCAAGUCCACCGUGUGCAACGAGGCUGCCGCCAAGGGCAAUAAGCAGCAGCGCGAUAAUUCGAGUGAUGUGGUGCGAGCCAAUAUUAAAAGGGGCAAAGUGUAUCUAGUGUUUGUGGAUCGCGUGGGACCCAGGAACUUCACGAUUCUCGGCGAGCCGGUAAUCCGAAGUAAGAAGAACGAACAGGCCGUCCAGGCUGUCGUUCGGCCGGAUUACGGUGAGUCCCAGGAAUUAUGCAAAGUCCGCGCCGGUAGGGUCGCCCUCACCGCCGGCGCGAUUAAACUAGAAUCGUAG